AAGACGCUCUCUGCAAACCUAACAAAAACAUAAAAAGGGCAAUGAUCAGAGAUUAGAUUCAGAUUGAAGAAGAAGAAGAAGAAAUGGGUAUUAUAAAGAGUGCCUUUUCGUUCAUGUCGGCGACUGUAUUCGGAGUAUACAUAGCUCAAAACUACAACGUACCCAACAUCAAGAAACUCUCCGACACUGCUAUCUUAUUCGCCAAACACAUCGAAGAAAACUACCGCAAGCCCAAGAACAGAGGAGACGAAAAUUAGUUUUUUUUUUUUUUUUUGAUUUUAUAAACAAAGUAUUUGUCUUUUUUGUGUGAGGGCGUAAAAAACCCAAUUCAAUUUCAUUGUUUAUCAUCAUGGGGUUGUUCCAAAUGUUAGAAACUUUAUGAUUGUUAUUUGACUGUUUGAGAUCAUCACACAGACAACCCUUACCUUUAAGAUUUUCCAUUUUAACCAAAGAUUUAGUAAUCUUAUAAUAUGUAAUGUACUGUCACUAUAAUAUAGGGAUUGUUCCAAUAAUGUUGUAUACAUUAUCAUUGUCAUUUGACUAUC